UGUAAAAUAAAUAAAUAAAAUUUUUUUAUAAUAAAAACAUGAUUUAAACUGAUGGCUGGAGAGGAAUUCAUUUUAAGGAGAGCAGAGACCUCCAAAUGCUUCAGUAAAACCAUAAUUUGUAUUGCUGCUUUCCCAUUUCUUGUGGGAAGGGGAUGAAAGUGACAAGCACACCACUCCUGUGCCAUGCACAUGGCUCAAUGUCCUUGGCAGCGGAAGAGCCCACAUUGGCUACUGCUGCCACAUCUAUUGGGCUCCAUCCCGCCCUGGACAAAGGCAUGCAGAUCACAACCACACAACUCAGAAAAACAGCCACAUGACCUGAAGUUACAUGCAGAGUUGGAUGCCAAGCCCCCAAACCCCUCACAUCCCCAGCCACGAGAGCAUCUGCAGCCAUAGCCUACCUAAGGGCUACCCACCAGGUGGGUCGGGCAAAGGCCUGGCCUGAUUGGUCACGGGGCCACUUAUUCCAUCAGCCAAUCAGAUGCCUGAGGUUUCCGUUGGUGCCGCCCACUUGCGGCUGGUCCUCGCGAUGAUGCUGGAGUUGUACCUGGACCUGCUUUCUCAGCCUUGCAGGGCAGUCUAUAUCUUUGCCAAAAAGAACAACAUCCCUUUCAUGAUGAAGCCUGUUGAGAUGCUGAAAGGGCAACACUUCACUGAAGAAUUUAACAAGGUGAACAUCCUAAGAAAAGUGCCUGUCCUGAAGGACGGAGAUUUCAUCCUAGAAGAGAGCACAGCCAUCCUUCUCUACCUGACCCGGAAAUACAACACUCCCAGCUACUGGUACCCGCCCGAUAUGAAAAAGCGAGCCCGUGUGGAUGAGUACCUGGCCUGGCAGAUCAGCACCAUUCGGGCGGGUACAUCCAAAAUCCUCUGGCUCAAGGUGGUGAUCCCGCUCUUUGUAGGCCAUCAAGUGUCCCCAGAGAAGCUCUAUGAAGCAAUGGAGGAACUGAAUCUCGCCAUCCAGAAGCUGGAGGACAAGUUCCUGCAGGACAAGCCAUUCCUCAUUGGCCCAGAGAUCUCCCUGGCCGACCUGGUGGCCAUCGUGGAGCUGAUGCAACCCUUGGGAGCUGGCUGCGACAUCCUUGUGGGACGCCCCAAACUCCAGGAGUGGCGCAAAAGGGUGGAGCUGACGUUGGGGAAGGACCUCUUCAUGGAAGCCCACAACCGGAUCCUGAACCCCCAGGAAUUGAAGAGCAUCAUCAUUGAUCCACCCCUGAAAGCACAGAUGAAGCCCCUGCUCUUGAAGAUGCUGAAAUAA